GAUGGCUCACCUCUUUGCCCUUCCAAAACAAGCAUCGGCGGUGGGGGGUGGGGGUGAUCUAACCACGAACCCCAUCGAAUCCGUAUUGGAAAGACAAUUCAAGCCGUCUCCCAGAUUUGAUUUGAGCUUGUCUCAACAUUUUGAAUCCCCCAGCAAAAGUCCAACCAUAAAAAGGGGUAAUGCUGGUCCCACAUCCAGAUCUCAUUGGGACUCCCAAAUCUCCUCAUUCUAUCUCUCUCAUGUUCCCUUCCCCUCUGCUAAAUUCAAUUCGGCGCGGCAGCUCAAUAGCAGCGUUUCUAAGCGCGUCAUAAUCCAACAGCUGUCGUGGUCCUUUCCCCUCACAAGCAGCAUGGCAGCAUCCGAUGUGGAUCCUCUCCGCCCACUUCUCCCCUCUGUUUCUGUCGGCUUACUACUUAAAACUUGCCGUGGACCAUGCAACAGCCUCUAACUUUAAUCUCUUUAUUUAAUGUCUUGAAUUGUUUUUUGAUAUACAAAAAAAUUUAGAUUUAAAAAAAAAAAAAAGGAAAGGUUAAGAAAAAAAGUCACUUUACUUUAAGUGUGCCAAUCAAAUCGAAAAGGCUGAAGUAAAAAAUAAAAGAAAAUGGGGUUAAAAGUUAAAUACGAAGGAGGAUGGUGGGUGAAGACUGAAGACUGAAGACUCUUUAUAUUCGUUGAUGAAAGCAGUGGUCUGAGAAUCCGAGUUCUGAAUGCGUGUAGUUACUGUUGGGGGCCAAAGAAGGGCUGAGGUGCCGCUGGUUCGGGAGCCGUGUUGAUCAUUUCCAACAGCGAAAUUGACGGCGUGGUCCUCCAUUUGACCAAGGUCAACUACCUCUCAUUCCCAUGCCCUGCGAUAUUGACCAAAAUCUCGUAUCGCUAGAGAUUUUGGAGAGGAAGGGUCGGACAGGUGGAGAGAUAUGGAGAUCGCACCAAAGUGGAUUUCAGAAUCUGAGCGUAGCUUAAAAUAAAAGUAGAUUUCAGAUUUCUUAGUGAGAGAAAGAUUUGAGACAGGGACUCGUUUUAGAGAGAGCAAUACACAAUCGACAGAGACAGAUAGGCCUACGCCGUAUAAAAGCUAAACCACAGAAUCACGGAACCCUGUUUUCAUUCUUCUUCUUCAACACUUUUAUCUUUUUUUUUUUUGAGUUGAUUUUGGAUAUGGAGAUAAGCGGUGUUCUUUCUCGGCGAAACAUGCCGGACGAGAUCGGUGGUUUCGAUCUUUCACCUGGCCACUCUGAAGAAGAGGCUCAUGUUCUCGCUGUUGAUGAUAGUCUAGUUGACCGAAAGGUCAUUGAACGACUGCUCAAAAUUUCUUCUUGUAAAGUGACGGCGGUGGACAGCGGAAGGAGAGCUCUGCAAUUUCUUGGUUUAGAUGAGGAGAAGAACUCAGCUGGUCUUGAUGGUUUGAAAGUGGAUCUAAUCAUCACUGAUUACUGUAUGCCUGGAAUGACUGGAUAUGAAUUGCUCAAGAAGAUCAAGGAAUCGUCCACUUUCCGGGAAACUCCGGUGGUAAUCAUGUCAUCAGAAAACAUCCUAACGCGAAUAGACAGAUGUUUGGAGGAAGGUGCAGAGGAUUUCAUAGUAAAGCCCGUAAAAUUGUCGGACGUGAAGCGGCUGAAAGAUUACAUGACCAGAGAAGACAGAGAUGGCAAUGAGGGCAGAGGCAUCAAUAAAAGAAAGCUGGGAGAGGCAUGCGAUGUCUCUCCAUCCUUAUCAUCAUCACCACCGUCCAUAUCUUCAUCAUCCUCAUCAUGGUCAGCGCCAUCUUCUCCCACGUCGUUAGACUCUCCCACUAGACGGCUCAAAACCUCCACAUGUGAUUAGAUCAUUCCAUUCCCCAUUCCCCACCCGGGAAAAAAAGCCUGCAAUCCCUGUAAUCCUUGCAAUUACUCGCUGCCUUUUAACGGUUUUUGUUGCAUUGUUAUUUUUUGGUUUUUUUUUUUUUUUUUUCUUAAUGACUGAGAGUAACCAAUUUAUAAUACUGAUUCACUUGUUAAAA